AUGGAGACCUCUGGUUUCUGGUUCAGCUCUGGUCUGUGGGAUGGUGCUGACCUGAACGAUCUGUCAGUUAGUUUGCUGACAGCUCACACAUUCUAGAUUUGAUUUUAGUCCCUAGUACAUAAGGAGAAGGAUGUAUUUCUUUAUGAGUUAAGUCUGAUGGUAGAACAUCUCUCUGUUUCUGACACUCGAUUUCUCUCACACACAUGCACCUCUCUCUCCUCCCAGCCGUUUGAAAUAGACUCACCAUAUGAGAGGAUGGCCCCGCCCUUGGCAAGAUCUGCUCCAGGUGAGCUCAGCCAUUGGUGGAGCCAGCUUAGGUUCCGCCUCCAGAACAGGAAGGGGUGGAAAGAGAUGCUGGAUGAAACUUUUUUGUUGCAGAACAAAAGGUGAGUUUCCUAUUGGUAAAAAAGAACAGCUACUGUCAAGUAUUGGUUGAUAUUAUGCUGCAUUCAUAACAAGUACAUUAUGUUUUGUUGUUGCAUUUAACUGCCGAAAAUGUUGUUAUCGAGGUCAUUUGUUAAGUAUCCCAUUGGUCAAAAACGGGUUGAAUCAACGUUGUUUCCUCGUCAUUUCAACCCAAAAAAUAUAUGUGAAAACGUAUUGUAUUUGGAAAAAGUCAUCAACAUCAGGGCAUGUUGUCUUUUUUUCUCCUAACUUUUAACCUAAACCAAAUGACAUAGAGAAAUGUUCUGUUGAUUUCACGUUGAAUUCACAAUAGUUGACAACUCAACCAAAUGUAAAUCAAAAUAAGACGUUGAACUGAUCUCUGUGCCCAGUGGGAUGUGACAUCAGAGCUCAGCAUGUGGGAGAAGUCUGAGCUCAAAGAUGAUACACAGUUUCCCACUAGUAAUUACCAGCUGGAGGGGCGUUCAAGUGGAUUUGCUGAUAUUUACGAGAUGUUCUGAACGCAGCAUUAGAUUUCUAACUUGCAAACACACUCUCUCUCCCAUAGAACAAACGACGUCCCUCUCUUCUUUGCCGCCAAAGAGAACAGUGCAGGUUGCAUUAAGAAACUUCUGGACUGUGCGUCCACUAAUAUCUUUGAGAGAGAUGCUCUGGGGGAGACCGCGCUGCAUGUGGCAGUUAUGAAUGAUAACAUGGAAGCUGCUGUAGCUCUGAUGGACGGAGCACCUGAACUCAUCAAUGAGCCCAUGACCUCUGACCUCUUCCUUGGUACACACUCUCACACACAAUGAACAAACACACACUAUAACAUCAUAAAACUCACAUAGAUAUUCAAUCACGCAAUCAUACAUUCUCUCUCUCUUACUCGCUCUCAAUCAGGCAUGACACCUCUCCACGUUGCCGUGGUGAAUCAGAACGUUAACCUGGUCCGCAGUCUGAUUGGUCGAGGGGCGGAUGUGGCCACGCCCAGAGUCACAGGCCUGUACUUCAGGAAGAGAAGAGGCGGGCUGCUCUACUAUGGUAAAAUGACUAUUUGUGGUCUGUAAGGAGAAAAUAAAUGCAUUUUGGGAAAUGUGGUUGUUUGAUGCCGUUUGCUUUACUUUAGGUGAGCACAUCCUGGCAUUUGCGGCCUGUGUGGGGAAUCAGGACAUCAUCUCCAUGGUGAUCAACGCAGGAGCCAGCACCAGGGCCCAGGACUCCAAUGGUAUGAAACACUUCUCUUUCUUCUCCUCGUCCUCCUCCUCUUCUCUCUUCUCCUUUUUUCAGCAGUUGAAUAUCUCCCUCUCUCCCCCCUAGGUAACACAGUGCUCCACAUCCUGGUCCUGCAGCCCAAUAAGACUAUAGCAUGCAUGACAUUGGAUCUGCUGUUGGCACGCGACGUUGAGCUGGACCAGGCUGUGCCACUGGACAUGGUGACCAACUACCGUGGCUUAACGCCCUUCAAACUGGCUGCCAAGGAGGGCAACCUUGUGGUGAGGAAGGAUAGGGGGAUAUAAAGAGAGGGACAGUGGGGAACAUGGGAGCAGUAAAACUAUAUAUAAAUACUGUCUCUCUCAGGCAUUCCAGCACCUGGUCAAUCGGAGGCGAGUCGUCCAAUGGAACCUUGGACCGCUGUCCUCUAACCUCUAUGUCCUCACAGAGAUCGACUCCUGGGCCGACAACCUCUCUGUGCUGGAGCUCAUCGUGGGCAGCCAGAAGAGAGAGGUACAGUACAGUACAGUACACAAACAUGAUACAGUGUAAUAUACACUAUAGGGAAACUGAUGAUGAUGAUGAUCUCCUCCCUCAGGCAAGGAGGAUCCUGGAAGUGACUCCUGUUAGGCAGUUGGUCAGUCUCAAGUGGAACCUCUAUGGAAAACACUACUUUAGGUAACAACACAUACAGUGAUCAUGUUCUGAUGUGUUUGAGAUUCUGUCAUUUGUUUAUUUCUAAUGUUGUUUUAACGUUGUUAUUGUGUUGUGUACAGGUUGUUGCUGCUGCUGUACGUCCUGUACAUUGGGAUCUUCACUCUGUGUUGUGUGUGUCGUCCUCUAAAGGACGCUCCAGAGAAUUACACUGUAUCUGACAUGGACAAAACCAUCCGCGUGCAGAAAACUCUGAAGGUGGGGGAGACAUGAAGGCCCCUUCAUAUGACAGCCUGUGUGCAAAUCCACAAUCAAAGGUGUUCAUAUUAACCCUUUGUGAUCCACGUGCCUUGUUCUCUGUCCCUGUAGGAGAGUUAUGUGACCUAUGGGGACAACUUGCGUCUGGCAGGAGAGAUGAUCAGUGUCCUGGGUGCCCUGGUUAUUCUGCUACUGGAGGUAAAAUAUACAUCACCCAAUAGUUUUAAAUUUCACUUAUAUUUACACUGUAGAUUAGAUCAGAUUAUUGGCUGUCAAUAUAAUCUGUGUUAUUCCCAAUCCCUAAAAUCCCAGAUAUGCUGAGAGUGGGGGCCAAGCAUUACUUUGGACAGACGGCCCUGGGGGGACCCUUCCAUGUCAUUUUUUACGUCAACCUUGGUGCCUUUGUAUCAUUUAUUACCUGCCUAGUGAUGUUAUUAUUAUGUCAUGUCUAUGUAGCAUUUAUAACCUGUGUAAUAACCUGUGUGUUUCCUCCCCAGUAUUGCCUAUGCGAUCCUGGUGGUGCUGCUGUGUGUGUUCAGGGUCAGUGGGGUGCAGGGGGAGGCAGUUGUCAUGGCUGUGUGUCUGGUGUUGGGCUGGAGUAACGUCAUGUUCUUCGCCCGAGGCUUUCAGAUGCUGGGGCCUUAUGUCAUCAUGAUACAGAAGGUAUGUAAGGGCAGCAGACACACACACACACACACACACAAGCAUUUGCAUGACGUUACUGUAGAAUGUACUGUUUUGCUGUUUUGAUUCCCAUAUUAAACUGUUGUGGCGUUUUGUCUAAUUUCCUCCUAGAUUAUAUUUGGAGACCUACCAAGUUCAUGUGGCUGAGCUUCAUCAUGCUCAUGGGGUUUUCCACCUGUAAGUACAUUCUGUUUAAGAGAAACUCAAAAACCAUAUUAAUAGUACAAAUAUAUUAAAGCAAAUAGAAUUCCUAUUUUUAUUUGCCAGUUAUUCUCUUUCCCUCUCUCUCAGCCCUGUGGAUGGUGUACAUGACUCAGGACCCAGACUCUCUGCCUGCGUACCACUCCUUCCCCAUCACUCUGUUCUCUCUGUUUGAGCUGAGUGUGGGUCUGAUAGACCUGCCAGUGGACAACCCCAUCAUAACACCCCCUAUUGUCCAUGUGCUGCACUGCACCUUCUCUGUGGUCGCCCACUUACUGCUGCUCAACCUGCUCACAGCCAUGAUGAGUGAUACACAAUGGAGAGUAGCCCAGGAGAGGGACGAGCUCUGGAGGACACAGGUGUGCCACACACACACAUUUUGACACACACACAUGCACACACACACUCAGGAACACACACACAUAGUCUCUCCUACAUACGCCAUACAAAUAGCUUAAAACCAUGAUUAGAGUGUAUACAGCAUUCCAAUCAGUGCCAUGUUAAUGAUCGUUAUGUCCUCUGUCCCUGCUCACUGUGUGUAGGUGGUGGCCACUACCCUGAUGUUGGAGAGGAGGUUGCCCCGCUGCCUGUGGCCCCGGCUGGGGGUAUGUGGCCUGCUCUACGGCCUGGGGGAGCGGUGGUACCUCCGGUAAGACAACAACACUCCUAUUACUGUACUCUCUGUUUUAGGUGUGGUGGUGUUAACAGUGUUUCCCCAUCCCCAUCAUAUACAGGCUUUAUAUUAUAAUGACUCUCAUACUCUGUCUCCGUUGCAGGGUUGAGGAUCGCAAAGACCCACUGGUGCAAAAGAUGCGUCGCUACAUCCAAGCCUUCUCUACGGAUGAGGACCAGAGCAAGGAGCGGGAGGAGGCGGAGAAAGGACCUGGAAACAGGAAGUCUCUGGCAUUCUGGCAGAUGAUUCGCCACAGCGCUCUGGGUUUAGACAUGGAACAGGAAGAGCCUGAGGAUGACCUGGAAGUAAGAUAGGGCUGAGGUUUAAGACAGCAAAACAGUUCAUUAUAUUGUUAUUAUAUAAUAUAUGUGUGAUGCAAUCAUGAAUGCAGAGGCGUCAUGCCCAUAGGGGGCACAAGGGCAGGUGCCCCCGCCCUCAUAUACUCCCUAGUAAGUGGUUCCUUCCUAGGUGCACCACUGAGCAAAGAUAUGUGUGAAGACAGUAUCAUGAGUGGAGGAGGAGAGAGAAUGUCGAGUGACACAUAGCAUUUCAUUUGAUUUUAGCUGCCGGUGAUGGGCGGGACUGUUUGUAAAUUAAUUUGAUCAAGCUAUGUUGAUUCCUUCUUGAUGAAUAAAUAAAACGAGCAAUAAAGAAGUGCACCUUCAGAGGAGAUGCUGAUGACACUGACGAAGGCCGAAACGUUUGUCUAUCUACCGACCCGUGAAUUUAAAAAAUACUAAAAUUAAACCUUGAAUGUCUUUUUUGAGUGCGGACCAGCUAAACAAUAAGGAAUUCUAUUACAUUAUGCUACCCGCACCAGUUCUGAGUGCAGUGGCUGUUGCGGUGACCGUAUUACUGCCACACCUGUGGUCACGAGUCAUGAAAGCAGUCAAAUUCCACGUGACCGUUUAGUCACAGUAAUUAGGCUUCUCCGAGCUCUGGUGCUGCUGAUAGUCAUUAGUAGCCUACCAAACUUGCUAACUGCCUGGUACUCAGCACUCUAUUGUCCCUCUAAUCACUCUGACAUCAAUGCAAAUAUAAUCUAAAAUCUAAUCAAACACUUAAUGAGAGCCCAUGAUCUCAUGUGGCGCAACAUUUCUAUAGGUUAUGCAAUUGUGCAAGAAAACAGAGUGAUGGCCUCUAUUAAAAAGAGGAGGAUCCCAUCAGCUUUCUAUUGGCUAGGCCUACUAUAUUUAUUUCACAACUUUCCUAAUAUUAAGCACAUUGCUUAAUAUUGCAUUAUCUUUACAACAGGAGUAUAGCCUACCUGGCUGGCAUGAAAAUGAACCACGGGAAAAGCGUCCUCCAUUCGUGCAUAGAUUACAUGUAUUUUUUCCGUUGCCCUGUUUCGAGACAGGUGCAUGAUAAUGGUCCAUUCUAAAUCAAAACAAAUUUCACAUAUGAUAGGCUAAUUAUUUAGUAUAUGUAAACACAAGAUUAUAAUCAAGAAUAGUCUGAUGGGUGACAAUAUUAGCCUAUCACUUAAGUCCCCAUUAUAUAUAUUAUCACUUGUGAAUGAUGCCCAGCAUAAGGCAAGAAACAAAGCCUUUUUUUUGCAACUUUUUCAAAUCAUAGUCGCACACCUCAUGUAGCCUAGCCCAUAGGCCUAUAUGUUUUGAUAAGGUUUGUAUCACAACUAAAUAAUAAAAGCAUUACAUGCAUAAUCGCAUUUGCGGUCACUUUUGAUAAUGGUGUUUUCACACUAAUGGAACAUUUGUGCUUAUAGCCUACUGCCAUGUGCGCAUUGCUGCACUUAUAAUGUGAAGAAAUAGCCUAAUAGUUUAUCAACAUUUAAAGCUAAACGUUCUGAUCUGUUGCGUCAGCCACAAUUGUCAAAUUGUGAAUGAGAGACUGAUAAAGUGAGUACAGCCUGCGCCUGCGCCAAAAAAACAUUUAAAUGUCUUGGAAUGGCCCAGUCAAAGCCCAGACCUCAAUCCAAUUGAGAAUCUGUGAUAUGACUUAAAGAUUGCUGUACACCAGCGGAACCCAUCCAACUUGAAUGAGCUGGAGCAGUUUUGCCUUGAAGAAUGGGCAAAAAUCCCAGUGGCUAGAUGUGCCAAGCUUAUAGAGACAUACCCAAGAGACUUGCAGCUGUAAUUGCUGCAAAAGGUGGCUCUACAAAGUAUUGACUUUGGGGGGGUGAAUAGUUAUGCACGCUCAAGUUUUCUGUUUGUUUUUGUCUUAUUUCUUGUUUGUUUCACAAAUGUUUUUAUUUUGCAUCUUCAAAGUGGUAGGCAUGUUGUGCAAAUCAAAUGAUACAAACCCCAAAAAAAUCCAUUUUUAAUUCCAGGUUGUAAGGCAACAAAAUAGGAAAAAUGCCAACGAGGUGAAUACUUUCGCAAGCCACUAUACACCAGCGGAACCCAUCCAAUUUGAAAGAGCUGGAGCAGUUUUGCAUUGAAGAAUGGGCAAUAAUCCCAGUGGCUAGAUGUGCCAAGCUUAUAGAGACAAACCCCAAGAGACUUGCAAAAUGUAGAUAUUCCAAAGGUCUGCAUCAGUGGCUUGUAGGCAAUGUGUGGAAGCCAGGAGAUGCUAAAUGUGUUUAUGUUAAUUAACGUCAAUUUCAGGCUAUCAAUUAAGUUAGAAUGGCUUGUCUAACUAGCUUAGCUGGCAUGCCAACUGGCAAGGUUGCUAGACUUUAGAAAAUAAAAACAUUGCUUUAAUUCUUGUGUUAUGAUACUAUAUACACCAAAAAAGAAUAUUGACACCCCUUCAAAUUAGUGGAUUUGGCUAUAUCAGCCACACCCGUUGCUGACAGGUUUAUAAAAUCGAGCACACAGCCAUGCAAUCUCCAUAGACACAAAUUGGCAGUAGAAUGGCCUGUUCUGAAGAGCUCAGUGACUUUGAACGUGGCACCGUCAUAGGAUUCCACCUUUCCAACAAGUCAGUUCAUAAUUUCUGUCCUGCUAGAGCUGCCCUGGUCAACUGUAAGUGGUGUUAUUGUGAAGUGGAAACGUGGUAGGCCACACAAGCUCACAGAAUGCCCCCGUGCACAAAGCGAGGUUCAUACAGAAAUGGUUUGUCGUAUAGUAUAGUAAUGCCCCUGAUUUUGGAAUGAGAUGUUCGACGAGCAGGUGUCCACAUACUUUUGGUAAUAUAGUGUUCCAGUGUAGCAGUUGUACUAAACUCCCAAGGCAUAAAAGUUCUUAAAGAAUCAAUGUGCAUCAUUAAUUAAAAUAACAAUUGAACAGGUAAAGGAGGGGGGCUGACCAUCCACCCUGCAUCCUCACGUACUUCUUACCCCCUCUAAAAUAAUGGGUGCAUGACACCCCUGCAUGAGUGUAUGCAGUAAUAUAUGUCGAAAACAAAAUAUUUUAUUGUAGUAGCUAUUGUAUAUAGGUAAGACUGGGUUGAAAUGUAGACUAGAUUCAUUUUCAAUUUUCUUGGAUCAUGUAUGUUACUUUAUCAGUCCAAGUAAAGCACACAAACACUUUUUAUUAAAGAUUUGACUAGACAGUAUAUUAACUGAUUCUUUAUUACAGGGACAAAUUAUAUAAAACGUUUUUUCCUUUCAGGAUUGUAAAUCAGAACAUAAAACCUAAUGAUUGGUUAAUGCACAUAAUAAUGUAGAUCAUUAUUACAUUCAAAGUCAUAAAAAAAACAUAUAGAAACAUCUCACCAAAACAAGCAAAUAAGUGCAAUAUAUAGUGUUAAUCUUUAACAUUAGUGCAAAUUCUAACUGAAACUGCCAGGCUGACUUGAUUCUUCUUCUUACGGCAUAACUAACUGUAAUGUGAUUACAUUUACCAUCAUUGGUCAUACCUGGAUGUCUAAUUAAUUAAUUAUAACAUAGAUGUAUGUCAUAAAGUGUAUAAUCAAGGUGUAAAAGGCUAUUGAUAGAGAUGUGUAAUCAUGGUAUAAAAGGCUAUGGAAUAGGAGUGAAUGAUAGAUGGAAGUCUAAAGAGAAGCCGUAUUGCCAGUUUCUUAGUUGGCAUAUGGCAGUAGCCACCAACCCUGCUGAGCUACAUGGUGUACAACACUUAAAUGAUUCAGCUAAUCAAGGUGAUUCAUUGACUAGGUAAAUCAUGUGUCUUACUGGUGGGCUGGAACAAAAGCCUGUACAUCAUAUAGCGCUCCAGGACCAGGGUUGGUGACUGCUGGCAGAUGGUGUAGUCUGUCCUUUAGCGCCCCCUCUGGCAGAUGUAGAAGCUGUACUGGUCACAUGAUGACGAGCUCCAGCUUCUCUCAGGAGGAUCCCUUCCUGUCAGUAACCCACAAUCCCCUUGUCUGUUGGAUCCUGACCAGUAACUACCAAUGAGAGGAAAGGGAACAGCUCAGUACUGUCCAUACUAAAACAUUACAUUUGCUUUCAUCAUCGGUUGUCUCACCUCUGUGUCAGUGCAGUGUUGUUGACCCAAACCCAGUUCCUGGUUCUCUGUCUCAGACCAAUCCAGUACAUCAGGUUCCCCUUCUCCGUCAGAAAGGUCUGGGACAAUGAUUUGUUUUUACACAGUUUUUAUUGGACUAUUAGUAUCCUUAGUCAAUCUUACAGUUAUGUAUGAUUGUCAAUCAAUCACUGUUGCUUUCCUAUCAUCAUUGUAUGGUCACUGUUAUACAAAGAGAAACAAGCGGUAGAAAAGAGUGACAGUUGUAGUAGACCCACCUGCACUGUUUUGUUUGUUAUGACGGCCAGAUCUGCCCCUCUCUUCUUACACUCGUCCCUGCUCUCGUCCCAGUUCAAUCUGUCUCUGGAGAGGAAGUAGCAGGAGCUCUCAAAGUGCAGCCAGCCUUUACCACACGUAUGGCAGCCAGGGACUGGAGGAAAGGAGGGAAAUUACUCUUAAAGUACAACAUGUAGUUCAGUUAAUAAAUGUAGGUUAAAUAAUGAGUUAUUAGCAUGGUAUAAAGUCUAAGAGAAAACAUUGUAGUGGUACAAUACAUCUCAAAGCAUUAGAUUGAUACAUUGACAAUAUUUAGAGAGAUAUAGUUUAAUAGGCUACAUUAGACUAACACACUACAGUAGUGGACUCACCCUGGCUCUGUUGCUGGAAGUAUUGUGCUUGGCAUGUCUGCAGGCUGCACACCUCAGUGGACUGGAACCGCUCCUCUUUAGCCUCAAUCCCUUUUUCAUUCACACUCCCCUCCUCUUUAGCCUCAAUCCCUUUUUCAGUCCCAUGACAGACCAGAGGCUGGGAUGGAACUAGAGAAUAAUGAAGAAUGAAAGAAAGCAAGUAUAAGAGAAUGGUGUCAUAUUACACAUUUGUUUAGUUAUUUCUUGCUUAGAAGGCUAUCUAACCCAACAUGCUGGAUAUUCUGUUUCUAAAUUACUAUUCUAGAAUAGAAUGUCUAUGAUACUCACAUUUGACACAGAGGAUGAUGAUGACGAGCAGUAGAACCAGACAGAUGAUGGACAGUAGUAAGCACACUGCGCGGUACAGACCCACGUUCCCCAGGACCUGCAGGUCUAGACAAGGAAAGAAUAGUCUUAAGGGCCAUAACGAUAACAACGCUUCCCACAGUUGUGUCAAGUUCGCUGGAUGUCCUUUGGGCGCUGGACCAUUCUUGAUACACACAGGAAAGAGUUGAGCAUGAAAAACCCAGCAGCGUUUCAGUUGUAGACACACUCAAACUGGGGCGCCUGGCACCUACCACCAUCCCCCGUUCAAAGGCACUUCAAUAUUUUGUCUUGCCCAUUCACCCUCUGAAUGGCACACAUACAAUCCAUGUCUCAGUUGUAUCAAGGCUUAAAACUCCUUCUGAGCUGACAGCCGUUUUGCACUGUUUUGCUAUGGUUUUAGUCAUCAAUCUAGCAAGAGGGCAAUAUUUUAUCAAUGUAGUAGUGCCCCCCCCCCCCCCCCCCCCCCCUAGAAAGCUAUGACCUUUGGCUUUCACCUGGAAUUGUUUAUUUAUGUCUGAGAAAAAAACACUUUUCAACCCAUAUGAUCUAGUACACAAUACAAGUAUAAUAAAACAUAUACAAAUAUGAUAAUAUGAUUUUUUUAAAUUGUGAAUGAAUAAGCCUUUUCAUACUUUAUAAUAUGUCCAUAUAUAGUUAUAAUGUUAAAGGAACAUCUACCCAAAAUGACAUGAGUGAUAGUCCAAAUCUGUUAGAUUUGUGAACGUCUAAAUCAACAUUUGGGCCAUUUAAACCGUGUGCGUCCCUCCUACAGACAAGGGGACAAGGGCUAUGUAAAGGGCUCGAUUUUGUCAUUCUGCGCAUAUGCAAUGUGUCUGCCUCCGACGUAAAAUGUUUGACUUCCACACAAAAUUACUUCUUUACUUAUUUUAGGUUGAAGGAAGUGUGUACGUCACAUUCUUUAUCGUAGAGCUAUGAAUGUUAUGUAUUUAGUUCCGCCGGCUCGAGACAAAUUCAGCGAUUGCUUUGCCAUGUCUGUGCCAUGAAGCAGUCACGCUGGAUAAAUGUUUUUCUAAGGACCGCCCCUUUGACCUAACGUUGCAGUGAAGUGAUAUAAAUUGAUGUAAUGAUGCAGCCGACCACCAGAGGGAGGCAAAUACACGUUUAUUCGACAGAGGACGUUGACAUGGUCCUAGGAAGGUCUGGAUGGCUGUCAAUAAAUUACGUCAUGUUAACAUAUACAUAUUUUUUAAGUAAUUCUAGUGCCCGAUUUCGGGGACUGUCAGCUUAAGAGCUUUUAACCUGUCGGAAAAUAUGGCCUUCUUAUACUGAUAUGCGCUGUUUGUCUUUGAUCAUCAUUCUCCCAAAUCCUCCUAUAUCAGGCACAUUUAUUGUGCGCUCUUCUCUCCUCUGAGCAGCCUAAACCAGCUAGAACCAAGAACCCUCCAAUAUAACGUAUUUUUGAUUGGUUGUCAAUGUUUUAUCGUCGCUCUGAAAGUGAUCCAAACGAUAGAUGGAUGUCGUUAUCGUUCUCCACUAUUUUUGUAGUUAUCGUUGUAGUGUGAAUGCUCCUGUUCACUAGAAUUAUAACUAUUUUAAUUGUUUGAUGUUAAAGUUCGUUAUAGGUAUCGUUCUUGGUGUGGACGGCCCUUUGUUAUAUAGCAAUCACUACGAGCAACAAUGGAAAUUCUGCCUACCUUUCUCUUGCUGUUCCUUCACUUCAACCGAUAACUUUGCGUUUGCCUCAUCUGGUAAUUUGGCAUUUCCUCCACUUCCUACAAUUCGGCAAAAUUUGAUAUACAUUGCUGCUGUUCCUGACCCACACUCUGCGACUGUAAAGUACUCUGAAGGCUGAAUGCGCAGUGGUUUUUAAAAACCUCCCUCUCCGUCUCUAUAGCAACGUGCCCUUUUUAGAUUUAUAAUUAAUUCCUGUAACACAAUACUCAGUCUGUCCCAAAAUCCUUUGGCUGCUGCUGCUACUCUCUGUCUCUCUAUCUCUGCGUGUGUGAUAGAGACAGAGUUCUGAAUAACUGUCUGGAGAGAUAUCUAGUCCUUGGAGAAAUGUCCAUUCAGCCCUGCUGUGUUUUUCAACAACAGAUUGGGCUUCUGCUUGGAGGUCUGUUAUUGUCAUGUCUCAACCUUGAUUGUGAGACAGACAAACAGGUCCAUUCCCGUCAGAUGACUUUCAUUAUGUUACAAGCUAGAUAAUAUUCUCCCCUAAAACUAGACAUUUUCACCCCAUUAUUUCAUGUUUCCAUGUCAGAAAUAUAGAAAUCCCGUUAUAUGGACAUUUUGGAACAUUUACAUUCUGUUUUUGUUAUAACAACCUCACCUGUUCUGUCUCUGGCAGAGGGCUGGCCAGGAGAAGCUUCAGCAAAAAUGUCCUCCAAUGGAUUAUUCAGUUUGGAGUAGACUGUAGAUUCAGCUUCCUUGACUGACAGACAGGCAGACACACAUAUAGGUUAGGUGGAAGCUUAGGACAAAAUUAAUCUUCUCAGAACACAACAAAAAAUAGCAUAUAGCUUAAGACGUUUUCUUAAAGGAUGGAACCUACAGUAAGAGAAAUGAAAAUAUGCUGAUGUAUUCCGAGGAAAGUGUGCAGAUUUACCCCAUUAUUUCAUGUUUCCAUGUCAGAAAUAUAAAAAUCUUGUUAUAUGGACAUUUUGGAACAUUUACAUUCUGUUUUUGUAAUAACAACCUCACCUCACCUAUAAUGUGCCUUACAAGAAUUGGCAAUUAAUGACCUACUCAACAGUCCAGAUAUGCAGAUGCAAACUGCAAGCUGCACACCACACACAACAUUAAUAGUAGGCUAGACCAAGGAAAUGUGUCCGUAAUCAAAAUUCAGAACUGGGAAAACUAUACUUACACUGUAGCGCUGACCGCUAUGUUUCUCUCUCUCACACACACUCUUUCAGUCUCUCUAUUCCUCUUUUUCCUCUAUUCUUCCUCUCUUGCGUAUUAAAAGUAUAAAUAAUGUUUAUUACUUUAAUAGGACAUUUUUAGACCUCCGUUUAUUUAGGAUUAGUUCAGACAUAUAUAAUAAUAAUGUAAUAAUCUUAUAAUAAUAAUAAUCUUUGGGGUUUAGGCCAGGUAUCUGUAAAGCACUUUGUGACAUCUGCUUAUGUAAAAAUGGAUUUAUAAAAUAUAUUUAAUUGAUUACAUUUGAUUAAUAAUAUAAUAACAGUGCUGUAGCCACCUGUGCCUGUUCUGUCUCUGGCAGAGGGAUGGCCAGGAGAAGCUUCAGCAUAAAUGUCCUCCGAUGGAUUAUUCAGUUUGGAGUAGACUGUAGAUUCAGCUUCCUCGACUGACAGACAGGCAGACACACAUAUAGGUUAUGUGGAAGCUUAGGACCAAAUUAAUCUUCUCAGAACAUAACACAAAAUACCAUAUAGCUUAAGAUGUUUUAUUAAAAGGAUUGAACCUACAGUAAGAGAAAUGAAAAUAUGCUGAUGUAUUCUGAGGAAAGUGGUGCACAUUUACCCCAUUAGCCCCAAGUUUGGUGAUGAAGAUGUUCUCUUUCUUUACCUGAGGUUUCCAGCAUUCUCUGACCCUCGUCCACUUCCACCACUCUUUCCUCCUCUCUGGGGAUUUUUUGCAUCUCCAUGAUUCUCGUUUUCUGUCUGGGUCUCUAACUUUCUAUUUCCCUGGAAAGCCUAUAAGCCUGUUCAGCAAAAUCUCCAGAAAGUUACUUGUGUAUUAAGUCUCCCACACAUAAAACAAAUAGAUAUAUUUAAAUUCUCUCCCUUAGUCUCUGUAGCUAGUGUCACUUGAAUAGAAAAUAAACAAUGUAGAAAGUGAUCCCUCCUGUCAUUUACAAGUUACACUUCCUCAAUGAUUUUCUUUGUCUCACUCACUCUUUUUUUGAGAGAAGUUUCGUCAUUCCCACUCACCAUUACUGAGUGUCAGCAAUUUAUUUGAGUUCGGACAUUUACGGGAAAUAAGAUGGACAAAAUUAAUUGUACGGUAUAUCCAAAUGUAACAUCUUAAAACUUCUGCAAAAGACAAAUAAAUGUCUUACAUUCACAACUUUUAAAAAUAGAGGAUGAGAUGGGGACAGUUUGUGAUGUGACAAUAUGUAAAUCUAGGAUAGGGUUUUUAGGCCCUGGAAAAUAAUUCACAAUCAUAUAAUGAGUGUGAUGUCCUUUCAGAUCAGUGACCAAUGGUCAUAAGAGAAAGGAGUUAAGGAAAGGAAGCUAUCUAACAUCAAGGUACACAAGACCAUGAUGACAUAACAACAACAGCAUGUGCACCGUAGAAUGGAUCAGAUACACAAAAGCAAACUCGUCAGGGAGAGUCAGAUUGGCACAAAAUACCAUAUAGCCUAAGACGUUUUUUAAAGGAUUGAACCUACAGUAAGAGAAAUGAAAAUAUGCUGAUGUAUUCUGAGGAAAGUGUUGCAAAUGUACCCUAUUAGCUCAAGUUUGGUAAUGAAGAUGUUCUCUUUCUUUAACUGAGGUCUCCAGCAUUCUCUGACCCUCAUCCAUUUCCACCACUCUUUCCUCCUCUCCAGGGAUUUCUUGCAUCUCCAUGAUUCUCGUUUUCUGUCUGGGUCUCUAACUUUAAAAAGCCUAUAAGCCUGUUCAGCAAAAUCUCCAGAAAGUCACUUGUGUAGCAAGUCUCCCACACACAAACCAAAUAUAUCUAUUUAAAUUAUCUCCCUUAGUCUCUGUAGCUAGUGUCACUUGAAUAGAAAAUAAACAAUGUACAAAGUGAUCCCUCCUGUCAUUUACAAGUUAUACUUCCUCACUGAUUUAUCUUUGGCUCACUCACUCUUUUUUAUAAGAGACGUUUCAUCAUUCCCACUCGCCAUUACUGAGUGUCAGCAAUUUAUUUGAGAUGGGACAUUUAGGGGAAAUAAGAUUGACAAAAUUAAUUGUACGGUAUAUCCAAAUGUAACAUCUUAGAACUUCUGCAAAAGAAAAAUAAAUGUCUUACAUUCACAACUUUUAAAAAUAGAGGAUGAGAUGGGGACAGUUUGUGAUGUGACAAUACUUAAAUCUGCCCCCUCCCCCUCCCACACACAACCUUGCCUGAAUAAAAAGGUUUAAAAAAUGACAAACUGCAGAACUAGAAAACCAUGCAUUUUGGAUUUUAUUUUCCACAAAAACUCCAUGAUAUUAAUUUACAAAAAAUAAUAAUAUUUGCAUUAAAUACAGAUGACUGGCUGAGAAAGAAAGAUGGAAAUCAAGAGCUUUCCCCUUAACACUCUUCUUUCACAUCUGAACUCAAAUCUCUUUUUCACUCCCACUCUUUCCAAUUCCCCCCUUAUUUUUCAAAUUCAGAAUGCCUUACCAUGGUUGAGAGGAUACUGACACACAAUAUGAUCACCCCAAAAAUACUGACAAAACUUAUACAAACCCUCCCCACCAACUCUCCUCCCCACAGCCAUCUCCUAAACACUUAGAAUAAUAGUGGUGAAACAUUACAAAGAGCUCUCUCCCAUAUCCUCUCUUCAUCUCCUGUCUCUCUCUCUCUCUCUCGCUUUCCUCCUUUUUGUCCCUUCUCAGGCACCGUAGACGCUCUCAUUACUGUAGGUCAUGUAUAGGAACAGGUCCUCUUCAUGGUGCUCCUGUGAGGGACCGGGUAGGACAGGGACAGAAAUAAGGAUUUAAAAUGGCCAAAGCAGAACUGUUGAUAAUAACUGAAGUAUGUACAUUGAUUAAAACAUUUUAUUUUAAUUGUAUUUGUUUAUAACAUAGGCAAAACCCGCUCAGCACAAUCUCAAUGUAAUGGAGUUAUGUCAUGUCACUGACAGUGAGAGAAACCCUGGCAUCUGGCGUUAGGGGGUCAUGGGGGUUGGAUAAAAGGUUGCGUCGGUGUGAGUGUGUGUUUACCUCAUAGACAGCAGAGAGAGGAGAACUGGAUGGGGGAAGGGAGUUGUUGACGAAAAAGAAGAGAGCUUCCUCAGGUCUCAUAGACACACGCUGUCGGAUCAGGAAGCACAGUUGACCCACUGAGAGAGAAAAAGAGAGAGAGCGAGAUGGUCAGACAGGGACUUACAGAACAAAACUAACACAUUAUCUAGACUUUCAUUUGAAAAGAAGAGGAAGAGUGGCGCAAUAGUGGAGGGAAGGGAGAGAGGGAAGGGAGAGAGGGAAGGGAAGAGGGUGAGAACAAGGUCAUGAGUUGGGAGAGAGGAAAUCAUUGUGAGAAAGAGAGACAUCUCAUCAGUUUCACCUGUGAGGUCAGAGGGCACGAGGUACUUCUUCUUGUCCAAGUCAGGAGCUCUCGACCUGGCAGCCCUCUCCACGAUGAUCUGGUUUAGGAUGGAACACAGAACUUAGUCAGUAAUUACACACUGCACCAUCAUGUCCCAUUCAACUGGAGCCAAGAAACUUAGCAUGCAAGGCUAACAUCCAUGUAUUAAACCCUAUCUGACCUUAAUAACACCUUACUAGCUUCCUUUCCCUUCAUCCUAUGCCAGGAUCACUUACCAGCUGAUAAAAGGGAUGGAUAGGGUUUUUAGGCCCUGGAAAUUAAUUCACAAUCAUAUAAUGAGUGUGAUGUCCUUUCAGAUUAGUGGCCAAUGGUCAUAAGAGAAAGGAGUUAAGGAAAGGAAGCCAUCUAACACUAGUGGUAGUUAUUCUGUUGACACUUACCGGUAUCUUGUCGGGAUGCUUGGCUCGCACCCUCUCACCCUCUGCCCUCCUCACCUCCAGUGGUACAGAGCGCUGGUACUGACUGUCCAUCUACAGAGACACACAGGGACGGGUCAACAGUGGUCAACAUGUGAUAAUACAUCAUAUAUGGAUGCACUGUAAUUAUUGUAACAUCACUGUAUCUGUAUAUUGUUGUUACAUGCAGUUGAGCAUAUAAUAAUGCAAGACAAAAUAUGUUAACUGACGUUCUUCAAACGACUUCUAUUCUUAUGUGUAUAGUCAAUUUAAAACUAAAAUAUAGCCUAACCAGUUCUGGCUGUAUGUGAAGCCUGGAGCCACUUAUCAGCUGUAAAUACCACCCUGUCCUGAUAUCAAGGUACACAAGACCAUGAUGACAUAACAACAACAGCAUGUGCACCGUAGAUGGAUCAGGUACACAAGACCAUGAUGACAUAACAACAACAGCAUGUGCACCGUAGAUGGAUCAGGUACACAAAAGCAAACUGGUCAGGGAGAGUCAGAUUGGCUACUGUAUGAUGUCUUGCAUGGAGCCCCAGGCCGAGGGAGAUUGACAGUUCUUUUGUGUUUCUUCCAUUUGCGAAUAAUCGCACCAACUGUUGUCACCUUCUCACCAAGCUGCUUGGCGAUGGUCUUGUAGCCCAUUCCAGCCUUGUGUAGGUCUACAAUCUUGUCCCUGACAUCCUUGGAGAGCUCUUUGGUCUUGGCCAUGGUGGAGAGUUUGGAAUCUGAUUGAUUGAUUGCUUCUGUGGACAGGUGUCUUUUAUACAGGUAACAAACUGAGAUUAGGAGCACUCCCUUUAAGAGUGUGCUCCUAAUCUCAGCUCGUUACCUGUAUAAAAGACACCUGGGAGCCAGAAAUCUUUCUGAUUGAGAGGGGGUCAAAUACUUAUUUCCCUCAUUAAAAUGCAAAUCAAUUUAUAACAUUUUUGACAUGCGUUUUUCUGGAUUUGUUGUUGUUAUUCUGUCUCUCACUGUUCAAAUAAACCUACCAUAAAAAUUAUAGACUGAUCAUUUGUCAGUGGGCAAACGUACAAAAUCAGCAGGGGAUCAAAUACUUUUUUCCCUCAUUGUAAAUUAUCGACACAGCUUGUUUACAAACAUCAUGUGAUAGCCAAGGUAACGCUAACUAAAAUGUAUGAUCAUGAUAGCUACAGGUUGAAAUUGAAUUAUGCAUAGCCUUGUUUCUAUAACAGGCAACUACUGUAGCCUACUGUUGUGGUUUUUCAGACAAUGGCAAGGUGGCCACGUCAUUAUUUACAGUUUUGGGCUAGAUCAGCUGAGUAGAAGGAAGUGCUAGCUAGUUUAUCUUGCUGGAUGAAAAAGGCAUUGACAUGGCAUCCAAAAGAGAGCCAAUACCUGCCAACAAAUCGAUCAAAGCCAAUGAUCUCAUUUUGUAGUUAUCGUUGUAGUGUGAACGCUCCUGUUCACUUGAAUUAGAACGAUUUGAAUUGUUUUAUGUUAUAGUUCGUUAUAGGUAUCGUUCUUGGUGUGGACGGCCCUGGCUUUGUUAUAUAGCCUUAUCUGGCAUCAUCAGACAUUUUUAUAAGCAAUCACUAGGAGCAACAAUUGAAAUCCUGCCUACCUUUCUCUUGCUGUUCCUUCACUUCAACCGAUAACUUUGUGUUUGCCUCAUCUGGAAAUUUGGCAUACCCUCCACUUCCUACAAUACGGCAAAAUGUGAUAUACAUUGCUGCUGUUCCUGACCCACACUCUGCGACUGUAAAGUACUCUGAAGGCUGAAUGCGCUGUGGUUGAAAAUAAAUCCCUCUCCGUCUCUAUAACAAGGUUCCCUUUUUAGAUUUAUAAUUAAUUACUGUAACACAAUACUCAGUCUGUCCCAAAAUCAUUUUGGCUGCUGCUGCUACUCUCUAUCUCUCUAUCUCUGCGUGUGUGAUAGAGACAGAGUUCUGAAUAACUGUCUGGAGAGAUAUCUAGUCCUUGGGGAGAUGUCAAUCCAGCCUUGCUGUGUUUUUCAACAACAGAUUGGGCUUCUGCUUGGAGGUCUGUUAUUGUCAUGUCUCAGCCUUGAUUGUGAGACAGACAAACAGGUCCAUUCCCGUCAGAUGACUUUAAUUAUGUUACAAGCUAGAUAAUAUUCUCCCCUAAAACUAGACAUUUUCACCCCAUUAUUUCAUGUUUCCAUGUCAGAAGUAUAGAAAUCCUGUUAUAUGGACAUUUUGGAACAUUAACAUUCUGUUUUCGCUAUAACAACCUCACCUCACCUAUAACGUGCCUUACAAGAGUUGGCAAUUAAUGACCUACUCAACAGUCCAGACAUGCAGAUGCAAACUGCAAGCUGCACACCACACACAACAUUAAUAGUAGGCUAGACCAAGGAAAUGUGUCCGUAAUCAAAAUUCGGAACUGGGAAAACUAUACUUACACUGUAGCGCUGACCGCUAUGUUUCUCUCUCUCACACACACAAUCUUUGGGGUUUAGGCCAGGUAUCUGUAAAGCACUUUGUAACAUCUGCUUAUGUAAAAAGGGAUUUAUAAAAUAUAUUUAAUUGAUUACAUUUGAUUAAUAAUAUAAUAACAGUGCUGUAGCCACCUGUGCCUGUUCUGUCUCUGGCAGAGGGCUGGCCAGGAGAAGCUUCAGCAUAAAUGUCCUCCAAUGGAUUAUUCCGUUUGGAGUAGACUGUAGAUUCAGCUUCCUCGAUUGACAGACAGGCAGACACACAUAUAGGUUAUGUGGAAGCUUUGGACCCAAUUAAUCUUCUCAGAACAUAACACAAAAUACCAUAUAGCCUAAGACGUUUUUUAAAGGAUUGAACCUACAGUAAGAGAAAUGAAAAUAUGCUGAUGUAUUCUGAGGAAAGUGUUGCAAAUGUACCCUAUUAGCUCAAGUUUGGUAAUGAAGAUGUUCUCUUUCUUUAACUGAGGUCUCCAGCAUUCUCUGACCCUCAUCCAUUUCCACCACUCUUUCCUCCUCUCCAGGGAUUUCUUGCAUCUCCAUGAUUCUCGUUUUCUGUCUGGGUCUCUAACUUUCUAUUUCCCUGGAAAGCCUAUAAGCCUGUUCAGCAAAAUCUCCAGAAAGUUACUUGUGUAUUAAGUCUCCCACACAUAAAACAAAUAGAUAUAUUUAAAUUCUCUCCCUUAGUCUCUGUAGCUAGUGUCACUUGAAUAGAAAAUAAACAAUGUAGAAAGUGAUCCCUCCUGUCAUUUACAAGUUACACUUCCUCAAUGAUUUUCUUUGUCUCACUCACUCUUUUUUUGAGAGAAGUUUCGUCAUUCCCACUCACCAUUACUGAGUGUCAGCAAUUUAUUUGAGUUCGGACAUUUACGGGAAAUAAGAUGGACAAAAUUAAUUGUACGGUAUAUCCAAAUGUAACAUCUUAAAACUUCUGCAAAAGACAAAUAAAUGUCUUACAUUCACAACUUUUAAAAAUAGAGGAUGAGAUGGGGACAGUUUUGUGAUGUGACAAUAUGUAAAUCUAGGAUAGGGUUUUUAGGCCCUGGAAAAUAAUUCACAAUCAUAUAAUGAGUGUGAUGUCCUUUCAGAUCAGUGACCAAUGGUCAUAAGAGAAAGGAGUUAAGGAAAGGAAGCUAUCUAACAUCAAGGUACACAAGACCAUGAUGACAUAACAACAACAGCAUGUGCACCGUAGAAUGGAUCAGAUACACAAAAGCAAAACUCGUCAGGGAGAGUCAGAUUGGCACAAAAUACCAUAUAGCCUAAGACGUUUUUUAAAGGAUUGAACCUACAGUAAGAGAAAUGAAAAUAUGCUGAUGUAUUCUGAGGAAAGUGUUGCAAAUGUACCCUAUUAGCUCAAGUUUGGUAAUGAAGAUGUUCUCUUUCUUUAACUGAGGUCUCCAGCAUUCUCUGACCCUCAUCCAUUUCCACCACUCUUUCCUCCUCUCCAGGGAUUUCUUGCAUCUCCAUGAUUCUCGUUUUCUGUCUGGGUCUCUAACUUUAAAAAGCCUAUAAGCCUGUUCAGCAAAAUCUCCAGAAAGUCACUUGUGUAGCAAGUCUCCCACACACAAACCAAAUAUAUCUAUUUAAAUUAUCUCCCUUAGUCUCUGUAGCUAGUGUCACUUGAAUAGAAAAUAAACAAUGUACAAAGUGAUCCCUCCUGUCAUUUACAAGUUAUACUUCCUCACUGAUUUAUCUUUGGCUCACUCACUCUUUUUUAUAAGAGACGUUUCAUCAUUCCCACUCGCCAUUACUGAGUGUCAGCAAUUUAUUUGAGAUGGGACAUUUAGGGGAAAUAAGAUUGACAAAAUUAAUUGUACGGUAUAUCCAAAUGUAACAUCUUAGAACUUCUGCAAAAGAAAAAUAAAUGUCUUACAUUCACAACUUUUAAAAAUAGAGGAUGAGAUGGGGACAGUUUGUGAUGUGACAAUACUUAAAUCUGCCCCCUCCCCCUCCCACACACAACCUUGCCUGAAUAAAAAGGUUUAAAAAAUGACAAACUGCAGAACUAGAAAACCAUGCAUUUGGAUUUUAUUUUCCACAAAAACUCCAUGAUAUUAAUUUACAAAAAAUAAUAAUAUUUGCAUUAAAUACAGAUGACUGGCUGAGAAAGAAAGAUGGAAAUCAAGAGCUUUCCCCUUAACACUCUUCUUUCACAUCUGAACUCAAAUCUCUUUUUCACUCCCACUCUUUCCAAUUCCCCCCUUAUUUUUCAAAUUCAGAAUGCCUUACCAUGGUUGAGAGGAUACUGACACACAAUAUGAUCACCCCAAAAAUACUGACAAAACUUAUACAAACCCUCCCCACCAACUCUCCUCCCCACAGCCAUCUCCUAAACACUUAGAAUAAUAGUGGUGAAACAUUACAAAGAGCUCUCUCCCAUAUCCUCUCUUCAUCUCCUGUCUCUCUCUCUCUCUCUCGCUUUCCUCCUUUUUGUCCCUUCUCAGGCACCGUAG